CUUUUUGAAGCAGUGCCAGACAACAGGUCUCUCCGCCAAGAUGAACUCCAGACAAUCCAGCUCUUUCAUCUCUUCUUCCUCCAGUCUCUACGGGGGAAGCCGUGGCUUACCCUUGGCCAGUUCUGGAAGCCUUCUGUCCUCCUCAUCUGCUUCUUUCACCUCAUCAUCAAUGAGAGGGCGUAGCAGUGCUGGAGGUGCAGCCUUAGGAUCAGGAUUAGGAAUGGGCAUGGGCACAAACAUGGGAAUGGGUAUGGGAAUGGGGUCAGGUGUUGGGAUGUUCAUGGGUGGAGCUGGCGGUGCUCAUGGCCUGGCUGGUGCUGGCAUCUCUUUGGAAAGCUUGGCCAUCUCACCCUCCAUCCCUAAGAACCUCCUGGAGCCUCUUAACAUUGAGAUUGACCCCAGCUUCCAAGAAGCUCGAGUUCAGGAGAAGGAAGAGAUCAAGACUCUUAACAAUCGCUUUGUGAACCUCAUUGAGAAGGUACGUCUGCUGGAGUCUCAGAACAAGAUGCUGGAGACCAAGUGGAGCCUAAUGCAGGAACAAAAGACCUCACAAACUAGCACUGAACCCAUGUACCAGGCCUAUUUGGCCAACCUGCGACGUCAGCUCGAUGGCAUCAUCCGGGAAAAGAGCAACCUUGAAACAGAGCUAAAGAAGUCACAAGAUCUGGUGGAAGAAACUAAGCAGAAAUAUGAAGAUGAAGUAAACAAGCGCACAUCUCUUGAGAAUGAUUUUGUGGUAAUUAAGAAGGAUGUCGAUGCUUCCUACACCGUCAAGAUGGAAUUUGACGAUAAGCUUCAAAUAUUGAACGAUGAACUGGAGUUCCUGAGAGCUGUAUAUGAGGAGGAACUGAAGGAGGUGCAGACUCAGGUGAAGAAUGUCUCUGUGGUGGUAGAAAUGGACAAUGGCCGUGAUUUAGAUGUGGAGUCCAUUGUGGCUGAAGUCAAGGCACAGUAUGAAACUGUUGCUGUAAAGGGCCGUGAAGAAGUGGAGUCUUGGUACAAAGGCAAGUUCAACGAACUCUCAGCCACGGCAGGUCGCUAUGAAGAUGAUGUCCGAACUGCCAAGGCAGAGAUCUCAGAAGUCACAAGAAAUAUCAACAGAUACAACGCUGAAAUUGAGAAUCUCAAAAACCAGCGUGCCAGUCUAGAGACCCAGAUUGCAGAAGCGGAGGAGCGUGGUGAGCUUGCAGUAAAUGAUGCUAAAUCCCGUAUCUCCGAUCUCGAGAUCGCUCUGGGUAAUGCUAAGCAGGACAUGGCUCGACAGGUGCGGGAGUAUCAAGAACUCAUGAAUGUCAAGCUGGCUUUGGAUAUUGAGAUUGCCACCUACAGGAAGCUGUUGGAAGGAGAAGAGAGCAGGAUUGGAUCAGCUCAAGCAGUAACUAUUCGCAGUAGCUCAUCUGGAGGCUCUUCCCAAGCCUAUGGUGCAUCAGGUGGCUUUUCCAGUGGUGUGUCCAGUGGUUUCUCCAGUGGCGUGUCCAGUGGUUUCUCCAGCGGUUUGUCCAAUGGCUUCUCUGGUGGCAGGUCAUCCAGCUCCUCUGUAGUAAUGAACAAAGCAUCAUUCUCCAGAGCAUAUUAGAAGACACCAUGUGAAAGUCUCUUCAGAAUGUGUCAUAAGUCUGUUUUAGCCACUGAGGAAUCCGUUUAUUCAAUUCUCCCAGCAAAACAAAAAAUACAGUACAUGACAACUUGCUGUUUUUCACCCCCUUACUGGUGCUUAAGUAUACACUAAAAAACAGGAAUUCUAUUGUGACAUCUUGGGAAACACUAUUAUUCCCACGAUAAUCUCUAAAUCCAUUAUUCUCAUUUGCCUGUCAUUGUCUUUUUCUGUGUCAGAGAAACACCAAUCAAUAAAAAAUGUGAAACAAACUACUCCUGUUUG